UUACUUAUGCUAAGUACAGUCUGGUCUAAAUAUGAGGUCCAUCUGGUAUUCUGUGACAAUUGCAGCCCUAGCCCUCUUGCUAGGUGCUCAUGCUCGUCAUUUUAACGAGUUUCCAAUUACAGGUGGCAAUGGAGAGGUGAAUCAAGGAGUACAUAACCCACGUAAUCCUUCACAUGGUACCAAUCGUAUCAGACAUGGUCACAGAGGACAUGGUCACAAAGUACCCAAAGGCCCUAGCUGGCCUGAUGAUGACGAUGACGAUGAUCUGUAUGAUGAGAUCAGACGUGCAUUCGAAGUCACUGGAGUACGAGCACCACAAAAUCCACCAAAAAAAGAAAAAUCAGAAGAUACCACUGUAAAUAGUCUUGAAGGAAAGGACACCGAUUCUACCUUAUCAUAUGAUGAUAUACGAGAAGAUGUAGCUUCCCAUGACAGCUGGUACUUGCUGGACAAUGGGGGCAAAUGUGGUCGCAGCGCAGAAGCCCUCGGAAAGAUCAUUGGAGGACAAAAUGCAGAAAUGGGGAGGUAUCCUUGGAUGGUACGCCUUAUCUAUAGAUCAUUCAGGAAGGACACAGAACAGGGUAUGUGUGGAGGGUCCAUUAUAAAUGAUCGAUACAUCCUCACUGCUGCACAUUGCUGUUUUGACAACACUGAUGAAAAUCUAGUGAUGAUCAGAGUGGGUGAAUACGAUGUUCACCACACCAAGGACUGCUUUAGAGGCAAGUGUGCCCCACCCAAGUUAGAUAUUGGAGUAGAAUCCUUCACAAACCACUACAAUUACAAGAAGAGAGGAAUGAACAACGAUAUCUGUCUUAUCCGCACCUCUGAGAGCAUCGAGUUCAAUGAGUAUGUACAGCCCAUCUGCCUUCCUGUCUCAACCGAGAUGAGUGAACUCGACUAUGCGGACACAGAUAUGAUGGUAGCGGGUUGGGGACAAGUUGAGAGUGUACCCGAAGGCCGGUUGCCAGAAAUCCUACAGGAAAAUAAGGUGACGGUGUUGAAUGCAUCCUACUGUGAAUCGAGGUUUGAUGGGAUGGUAGAUCUCAGGAUACAGGUGUGUGCUGGAGGUGACGUCGGGCGAGACGUGUGUGCGGGUGACUCCGGCGGCCCUCUCAUGCUCCGUGUGGCCCCAACAGAUAGUGAUGAGAAACACUACAUAUAUGGACUUGUAUCCUUCGGAGCACCCUGCAACCAUGGAGAUGGCGAUCCUGUGAUGGGCGUCUACACCAAGAUCUCUGCCUUCCUCACCUGGAUUUUGGAUACCAUUGAGCCAUAAAGGUGUUUUGUGGAGUGAACCAGAAUUAUUUAUCUGUUAAAAGAGAUAAUAUUAAAAAGUGUGAUUCAAAGAUCUGUGGCGAUUUAAAAAAAAAAUACUGAUAUUUACAAAUACGAUUUUUAUAAUGUUUGUUCCAAGUCUGCCUAUUUUUAAAUAUAACACUGUAUUAGAUCACUUCCUUUUUGAUUUUUAGUCUGCAAUCUUCGUGACUGUUUCAAGGAGUUUUGAAUCAAUUAAUGAAAUAUAAAUAAUCCGGGUAAUUUAAUUAUAUAUUAUUUACAUCACAUUUCAACAAGUAUAAAUUCAGUUCUUGAUCACAUCCUCCUUUUAACUAUAGUGAUUACACCAAGCUGAUAAUAUGACAUUGAGUUUUGUAUAAUCAAUAAACAUUUUGAAUUUCAA